AUGCCGAAUGCCAAUGAGAUAAUAAUCAAAGAGUUCAUCAAUCGUUCUGAAGAGAGGAUCGGCACGAAAACACCAAACGGAUUCUUUGUGUAUCGGCGCGUAUUCACAAAGGAGCUCUCUAAGCUUAACCAUAAGCCGAGUAUGUCCAGCGUAUCGAAGAUGGCAGCCUGGCAAUGGCAUAAUGAGGACAGAAAGUUCCGUGAAGAAUAUGAAGAAGUCGCGACAACAAUCGGCAAAAGAAUCAAGGAGCAUGAACGUGAACUGUCUAAAGCCUUUUUCGGGAAAUUCAUUCCGUAUAUCCCGCAAGAACAUCUUUCUUACUCAGAGCCUAGCCAACAAGGAGUUAAAAACGAAAAAUUGUUAAAGUGUCUGGUCGGAGAAAGAAUUAAGGGGCGAGAACAUGAAUUGAAUCAAGCCUUUUUCGAGAACUUCAUUCCGCGUACUCCACAUGAACCUCUUCCUACCGAAGGAUCCUUCCAACAAGGAGUUAUAGACGAGGAAUUGGAGAGGCAUCUGUAUGAAUCGUAUUUCAAAGGAGGCAUCCUUGAUGAAUUUUUGUAA